CCAAAAAUGAAUGAUCCCCAUGGGACAUUCCUCUGCAAGAAGACUGUAAACAAACAAAUCACUGAAAAGGUGAAAGAAAAUUGAAUUCUGUUUUCGUGAGACAGAAAAAGCAAGUGGUCAUUUACGCAGCAAGAAAAUGGAAGAGGAAACAUUUGAUUUAGGGCAAACAAAAGCGAGGAAUGCAAAGCAGGGUCGACGGGCCAGAAACAGAAAAGAACCAACCCAAGUCGAUGAAGAUGAGACACAAGAAGAGCAGAUGCCUCCAAUUUCAAGUGAUAACUUAGAAACUUCUGGUCCUCCUGGUAGACCAGCUAAAGCUGUAUCAGGUUGGGGAGAGGAAACACCCAGACGUCCACGAACACGUCAACUAGGAGAAGGGCUUGAGGUCUAUGAAGAUGAGAGAUUACGACCUAGAAGUCCUGCAAUUGAUAAUGAUGAAUCUGAUAACGAUAUACCAAUAAUACCGGAGUUAGAAGACCAACAAGAUGAAGAUAUGACAUCAGCUGUAGCUUCGGCACCAAAUGUAGCUGUAAAUCGUGUGGCAACAUUCCGUGAACUUGAUGAUGAUUUAUUACGACAGGCAGCUUUCCUUACUUUAGAUAAUGAAAUUGAUUUAAAACUUUUAACCAAAUCUUUAUCACCCAAAGAAGACCUUAUUGAGGAUGAUAAACCAUGGGACUGGGAUAGAUUAUUUACAGAAGUUACAUCAGACCUCAUAACAGAAUGGGAGAAAAAUGAAAGCACAGAAGCAAAAGAGGAAUAACUCUGAUAAUUUUAUUUAAUAUAUUUAUUUAUAUCUUCAUGGUAUACACAUAUCCGUCCGUUUGUUUCAUGUUUUAAUAUUAAACACUAUCACAUCAA